AAUGUUAGUUUGGCUUUGCUUUGGCCUCUUCAUUUGUACUUGUCAAUUCAAUCUCGUAGCUUACCCCCCCAAUCAUCAUUGCAUUGCAUUGCAUUGCCUUGCCUUGACUUGAGUAAGAAAUGGCACAAUUGCCUCCUAAAGUCCCAAACAUGCCUCCCUCGGUUUGGCCGGACUUCCCCCACCAAAGAAUGGCCUCCAUGGAGAACCUUCCGCAUCCGCCCCCCGCCGCCCCCCCGUCGUGGGUCGACGAGUUCCUCGACUUCUCGGCGGCGAAGCGCGGCUCCCACCGUCGCUCCAUCAGCGACUCAAUUGCCUUCAUUGAGCCCCCCAUGGUGGACGAAUGCCGGAGAUCGUUGGCUCCGGCGUCCCGAGGGCCCGGCAACGAGUUCGACCGCUUCGACGACGAGCAGCUCAUGUCCAUGUUCGCCGACGACAUCCCGGCUGCUCCGCCCAAGUCCUCGUCGAACACCUCCACGCCGUCCGAUCACAACAGCAUCAAUGACGACAAACAAGAUCAACAGCACCUCAAGAACGAGGCCGAGGAGGUUCAAAGUUUUUGCAAAUUCGAAGCCCAAGCCGCCGCUACCAUUGCACUAACCGAUAAUUCCUCUGACAAGAUCGCUGAUCCUAAACGAAUCAAGAGGAUUCUGGCGAACAGACAGUCGGCGCAAAGGUCGCGGGUGAGGAAGUUGCAGUACAUCUCGGAGCUUGAACGCAGCGUCACCUCACUGCAAGCUGAAGUGUCGGUGUUGUCGCCGAGGGUGGCGUUUUUGGACCACCAACGAUUGGUUCUGAACGUCGAUAACAGUGCUCUUAAGCAAAGAAUUGCAGCUCUCGCCCAAGAUAAGAUCUUCAAAGAUGCUCAUCAAGAAGCGCUGAGGAGGGAAAUAGAGAGGCUGAGAAAAGUAUAUCAGGAGCAGAAUCUCAGGAAGAUGGAAAGUGCUCGGGCCAAGCCGCCGGCAGCCGGGGACGCCAACGGUUCUGCGGAAAGUGAUCAAAAGAUUGUCAACUGAUCAAAGAGAAGAUCAAGCAAGGGACUUAUCUUUUUCAAGUAUAGAUCUUGGUGUUUGAUAUGGUGAUGAGAUUUGAUCAGUUGGGAAUUAGGGCCACUUCCAUAAAUGGCCAAAGAAUUGUAUGUUUUAACAAUUUCAGCAUUCUUUACUUUUAAUUCAAACCUUUGGAAUUGAAUAUUGAAGAAAAGAAAAAAAAUGUUUGCAACAAGCAAGGAGUUGGGGGUUACAUUGGAUUGGAGGGAAGGGAAGGGAAGAAAGAAACACGUCCAAUAUAUUAUUUAGAACCUUGCUUUUGGACCCUUGUUAACUUCAUGGCCCAACUAGCCUCUGUGUGUGUGUGUGUAUACUGUGUAUAUAUAUAUGUAUGUAUAAAAUCCAGGCUGUCGAAUUCUCUCACAUGAUGUGCUUCAAUAUCUUUGUUGGUGGGGGGCACUGAGGAAAUCACAUGGAGAGAGGCAGGAAAAUUAAAGACAGAUGGGCCAAGCAAAGCAAAGGAAAGGAAAGGGAUUUUGAUAAUUAAUUUUGCAUGGAUGUGUGAUAAAAGAACAAACCCAAUCAGGGUCGUCCUAAUUUUGUAAUGUCAUCCAUCAAAGCUGUGUAGCUGUAUGUAUCUGUCUGUGAUGCAAAAUCGAAGAAGGC